GCACAUAAUAUAAAUAAAUCAUAAAAAAUACUGUGUUCAUGUGGUAACAGUAUUUGUUAUUUUGUUUGUUUUGAGACACUAUGUAGCUUUGGCUGGCCUGGAACUAAGAGAUCUGUCUGCCUUUUUACCUCCUGAGUGUUGAGAUCAAAGUCAUCAGUAUCUGUAAGGUUGCAGGUAGAAUAGGUGUCGUUUUAAUUAGUUUCCAUUUGUAGGGUCUUAGGACAACAAAUCUUUAUGAAUGCUAUUAUCUGAAUCAAGAGCAGCUGACAGGUACCUACUUAUGGGUCACUAAAGGAUAGAUAAGCAGCAGGCCACCUUUGUGUUUGGUACUGAAGACUGGGGGUUAUGGUGACACCAAGUCAUGUGGCCUUGGCUGUGCUGCUUGAGAGACUAAUUGCUUUGUGUCCACAGGCUCACCUGAUCACUGGGGUUUGCAUCUUCAGGGUCUUGUCCAAUCAGCAUGUGGCUCCUGACCACCUGUUACAAAUCUGCCAGCGCCUCGGCCCGAUGCUGGAUAAAGAAAUCCCACCCAGUAUUUCAAGAGUCACUUCUUUGCUUGGUGCAGGAAGGCAGUCUUUGCUACGUACAGCAAAAGACUGCAGGCACACAGUGUGGAAGGGCUCUGCCUUUGCUGCUCUUCAUAGAGGAAGACCGCCUGAAAUGCCUGUGAACUAUGGCUCCCCACCAAGUCUUGUGGAGAUACAUCGAGGAAAACAGCUCACAGGGUGUUCUACUUUUAGCACAGCGUUCCCAGGAACUAUGUACCAGCAUAUAAAGAUGCACAGGAGGAUUCUCGGACAUCUGUCUGCUGUGUACUGUGUAGCAUUUGAUAGGACAGGACAUAGAAUUUUUACAGGGUCAGAUGAUUGUUUGGUAAAGAUUUGGUCAACACAUAAUGGCCGCUUGUUGUCUACGUUAAGAGGCCAUUCUGCAGAAAUUUCAGACAUGGCCGUGAACUACGAGAACACCCUGAUUGCGGCAGGCAGCUGUGAUAAGAUCAUCAGGGUGUGGUGCUUGAGGACCUGCGCCCCAGUUGCUGUGCUACAGGGACACACGGGGUCAAUUACAUCUUUGCAGUUUAGCCCAAUGGCCAAAGGACCUCAAAGAUACAUGGUCUCCACUGGUGCUGAUGGGACUGUUUGCUUUUGGCAGUGGGAUUUAGAGUCCUUGAAAUUCAGUCCACGCCCCCUGAAGUUUACGGAAAAGCCAAGGCCUGGUGUUCAGAUGCUGUGUUCUUCAUUUAGUGUUGGUGGUAUGUUUUUAGCUACAGGUAGUACUGAUCAUGUAAUCAGAAUGUAUUUCUUGGGGUUUGAAGCACCUGAAAAAAUCGCCGAACUUGAGAGCCAUACUGAUAAAGUUGAUAGUAUCCAGUUUUGUAACAAUGGUGACCGGUUCUUAAGUGGAAGCAGAGAUGGAACAGCUCGGAUUUGGAGGUUUGAACAGUUGGAAUGGAGAAGCAUCCUAUUGGAUAUGGCUACCAGAAUCUCAGGAGACACAUCUUCUGAAGAAGAGAGGUUUAUGAAACCCAAAGUUACAAUGAUAGCUUGGAAUCAGGAUGAUAGUAUUGUUGUCACAGCUGUGAAUGACCAUGUCCUCAAAGUGUGGAAUUCUUACACUGGACAACUGCUUCAUAAUUUACUGGGGCAUGCUGAUGAAGUAUUUGUUUUGGAGACACAUCCCUUUGAUUCCAGAAUUAUGUUGUCUGCAGGACAUGAUGGCAGCAUUUUUAUAUGGGAUAUUACAAAAGGCACCAAGAUGAAACAUUAUUUUAAUAUGAUUGAAGGGCAAGGACAUGGAGCCGUGUUUGACUGUAAGUUUUCACAGGACGGACAACAUUUUGCCUGUACAGAUUCUCAUGGGCAUCUUCUGAUAUUUGGUUUUGGAUGCAGCAAACCAUAUGAAAAGAUUCCUGAUCAAAUGUUUUUCCAUACUGACUACCGACCACUGAUAAGAGAUUCCAAUAACUAUGUCUUAGAUGAGCAGACACAACAGGCACCUCAUCUCAUGCCCCCACCAUUCUUGGUGGAUGUAGAUGGAAACCCUCAUCCAACCAAGUACCAGAGAUUAGUACCAGGUCGAGAAAACUCAGCAGACGAACAUUUGGUUCCACAGCUAGGCUAUGUGGCCACAAGUGACGGAGAGGUGAUUGAACAGAUCAUAAGCCUGCAGACCAACGACAGUGGUGAAGCAAGCCCUGAAUCCAGUGUUCUUGAUGGGAUGAUUCGACAGUUGCAGCAGCAGCAAGACCAGAGACUGGGACUGGAUCAGGAUGUGACUGCAAAUGGACUUUCCAAUGGGGAAGAAACACCCCGAAGAGGGAGUUUUAGAAGACUGAGUUUAGACAUUCAGUCUCCUCCAAACAUUGGUCUCCGCCGGAGUGGGCAGGUUGAAGGUGUUCGUCAGAUGCAUCAAAAUGCUCCCCGGAGUCAAAUUGCCACAGAGCGUGACCUGCAGGCUUGGAAGCGGAGAGUGGUUGUUCCUGAGGCACCACCAGGCAUGUUCAGGCGUUUGGAAGAUUUUCGCAUUGAGAAAGGCGAAGAGGAGAGAAAUCUGUAUGUAAUAGGGAGGAAAAAGAAGUCUUUCCAGCUUUCACAAAAGUCAGAAUCAGUGAUUUUGGUGCCCCAGUCUAGACAACGGACUUGUAGGCGUAAAUACGCAAAUUAUGGUAGAAGAAAUGCUGGCCGGGGUGAAUUAUCCUCUGGCAAUGAAUCUUCAGGCUCGGUUAGACAUGAGACUUCGUGUGAUCAGAGUGAAGGCUCUUGUUCUUCAGAAGAUGACGAAUGGAGAAGUGACAGAAGAAGCGAGAGUGACAGUGAGACGUCAAGUGACUCUUCAUCGCGAUACUCGGAUUGGACAGCCGACACGGGAAUCCACUUGCAGCCUCCUUUAAGGAUGUCCUGUCGCCGUCGGGUAACCCGAUUCUGCAGUAGUUCAGAGGACGAAAUGUCUACGGAGAACGUGUCUCCUCCAAAAAGACGGCGGGAAAGAAAGAAAGCAAGCAAGCCUAGAAGGGAGAGUUUGCGAAGGAUGACUCCAGCAGAGCUUGCAAAUAUAGAACAUUUGUAUGAGUUUCACCCUCCUGUUUGGAUAACUGACACUACACUUCGCAGGUCUCCUUUUGUUCCUCAGAUGGGUGAUGAGGUGAUCUACUUUCGUCAGGGUCAUGAAGCUUACAUUGAAGCUGUCAGAAGAAAUAACAUUUAUGAACUGAACCCUAAUAAGGAGCCAUGGAGAAAAAUGGAUCUCAGGGAUCAAGAAUUGGUCAAAAUAGUUGGAAUAAGAUACGAGGUUGGACCACCUACACUCUGUUGCCUCAAAUUAGCAUUUAUAGAUCCAGCAACUGGCAGACUUACAGAUAAAUCUUUCUCCAUUAGAUAUCAUGAUAUGCCAGAUGUUAUCGAUUUUCUUGUGUUGCGUCAAUUUUAUGAUGAAGCAAGACAGAGAAACUGGCAGCCUUGUGACAGAUUUCGAUCUAUUAUUGAUGAUGCUUGGUGGUUUGGAACUGUAUUGAGUCAAGAGCCAUAUCAACCACAGUAUCCUGACAGCCAUUUCCAGUGUUAUGUUGUUAGGUGGGACAAUACUGAAACUGAAAAACUUAGCCCAUGGGACAUGGAACCAAUUCCUGACAAUGUUGAUCCACCAGAAGAAUUGGGAGCAAGUAUCUCGGUCACUUCAGAUGAGCUAGAGAAACUGCUCUACAAACCACAGGAUGGUGAGUGGGGCCAGAAAUCACGAGACGAGGAGUGUGAGCGCAUCAUCAGUGGCAUCGAUCAGCUUCUAAACCUCGAUAUAGCUGCAGCUUUUGCAGGCCCGGUGGAUCUGUGUACAUAUCCAAAGUACUGCACAGUGGUGGCGUAUCCAACUGAUCUGUACACAAUUCGAAUGAGACUUGUGAAUCGGUUUUACAGGCGGUUGUCUGCACUGAUUUGGGAAGUUCGAUAUAUAGAGCAUAAUGCAAGAACAUUUAAUGAACCUGAAAGUGUAAUUGCAAGAUCAGCUAAAAAAAUAACCGACCAGCUUCUGAAAUUUAUUAAGAAUCAAGAUUGUACAAAUAUAUCAGAACUAUCUAACACAUCAGAAAAUGAUGAUCAGAAUGCCGAUGAUUUGGACGAUAGUGAUCUCCCUAAAACGUCUUCUGGAAGGAGAAGGGUCCACAAAUGGAACGGAAGGAGCAGCAGAGCCGCCAGCUGUGUUGAGAGCGACUGGAGGAGGCAGUGCAAGGCCCUGCUCCUCCUCAUCUUCCAGUGCGAGGACUCGGAGCCCUUCAGGCAGCCUGUGGACUUGGUCGAGUACCCAGAUUACCGAGAUAUUAUAGACACUCCAAUGGAUUUUGGAACAGUUCGGGAAACUCUAGAAGCUGGUAAUUAUGAUAGCCCCGUGGAAUUUUGCAAAGACAUCCGGUUGAUAUUUAGCAAUGCAAAGGCAUAUACACCCAACAAAAGAUCAAAGAUCUAUAGUAUGACCUUGAGACUGUCUGCUUUGUUUGAAGAAAAAAUGAAGAAAAUCUCUUUUGAUUUUAAAAUUGGUCAAAAAUUCAAGGAGAAACUUCGACGAAGCCAAAGAUUUAAGCAACGGCAAGGCUGUAAUGGAGCUGUUCGGGCUGAGAGGAGCGCGAGAAGUAUCAAACAGAAGCAGUUCAAAUCUCAGACAAAAGUAACUCCACAGCUGAUGUGUCCUCCUUCCCAGUCUACCUCAAGUAGGGCACUUUUGUCUGCAACCCGCAAGACAAGCACUGGUGUCUCUUCAGGCUUCACUUCUGGGGACUCUUCAGAUUCCGCAGAGUCAUUAGAAAGAAUGAGAAGAAAUAGACCUGAGAUGCUAAGGAAUGGUUCUGAGUUGUCUGAAAGUGAAAUGGAAGAUUUCAUAGCUACCUCUUCAUCCUCUUCAGCUUCAAAUAGUUCUGAGGAAAGCAAAGAGAGUUCCAGAGCUCCAGAGUGCUCCUUGCGCAGUGGCUUAUUGAGAAGCAGCAAUCUCAGGGUGACCAGAACAAGAGCUGCUCAGAGAAAAGCUGGUUCUAUUUCUUUAGAAAAUGGAUGUGGCAGAAAAGCCACUCGGAAGAGAGUCUACUUAAGUGAUUCUGAUAACAAUUCAGUGGAAAUGGAUGAAAAUCUGAAAGGCAAGGCUGGAAACAACCGGAAAGUCCUCCGGAAAUGUGCUGCUGUUGCUGCCAACAAGAUAAAGUUAAUGAGUGAUGCAGAAGAAGACUCAAGCUCUGAAAGCCCUUGCUCUGGCCGGAAGCUGCCACAUCGCAAUGCGUCAGCUGCAGCCAGGAAGAAGCUGCUCCACAAUUCUGACGACCAGAGCCUUAAGUCAGACACGGAAGAGCUAAAGGACCAGCCCCGAGUGCUGGUGGUGUCUGGACCUCAUUCUGCCCAGGACAGUGUCAGUGACUCAGACAGUGACUCUCGAGUAGCCCGGAAGAGUUUCCAUACCAAUGGCUGCACUUCCCAUUCUCCAGCAACAUGCAAGACAAAGUUCCUUCCGAUAGAGUCUUCAGAGGAAGAGUCCCGAUGUCACGAGUCAGACGAUGGACGCAGCAGCACUGCUGCCCCUGCAGCAGCAUCUGGCCAGAAACUUGGGGCAGAGAGCAUCUCUGAGGAAGCUGACUCUGAGCCAGGGAGCAGUACAUUGUGCAAGAACGCACAUUUGUUUAAGAAAGCAAAGAUCCUGAGUGACUCAGAAGACUAUGAAGAACAAGGUGGAGAAAGUGGUAGAGGUCACACAGGGGAAGGAACCCCAGUUUCUGAAGCCUUGAAGAGUGACGUUGUUCCUGUACCUCAGUGUCUCUUGGAUCGUGGAUCUGAGACUGAUGUGGAUUCUGAUGUCGGCACAGUGAAAGAUAAAUUGCACAGCGAUAUGAACGAUUCUCUAUCUCGAGAGAAUGGACAAAGCAGAAAAGUUUCCAGGAAAAGGGUCUAUUCCAGUGACUCGGAAAGCAAUCUACAGGUGAUGAAGAAGUCACCCAAAGAACAAACCAGUCACUUGAGGAUUACUCGAAGUGCUAGCGUGGCUGCUGAUAAAAUCAAGCUCACAAGUGAUGCAGAAAAUGUCACCUUAGAAAGUGUGUGUACUCGAAGCAGAAGGAGAAGGAAAAAGCCCAUCCGAUUUGCUUGUACCACAGCAAAGAAGAUGCUGAUUGGCGAUGAGAAACGUGCACACUGUGAAGCGCCGCAGGCCCAGCGUGCCUGCAGUAGCAAGCCAUCUGAUUCUGAACUCCAAGGCAGCACCCAAAAUGCCAGUCAGUCUGUAAGUGCAGACUUGGAUUCUGAAGGAGGUUCCAGUUUUGAACAUACAGAAAGCAUACGAAACAGGCAUACGGGCAGUGUGGGCAUAAACACGCCUCCUAAAACUCGAAGCUCCUCUGCUGGACCUUCUCAGGAAGAUCCCAAAAGCCACACCCCAGAUAGUGAGAUCAGCGUGUCUUCUGAGUCAGGUUUGGCCCAAAAAGCAACAACAGAGAAUAACUUUGAAGACGACCUGAAUUAUGGGUUACGAAGGUGGAAUGGCAGAAGACUCAGGACAUACGGAAAAGCCUCUUUCAGUAGGACAGCCCAAGUGACUCACAGUCCACAGGCAUCAGCAGAGGUUGGGGCGAAGAGAAGAGCGCACCCUGAGUUAGACAGUGUGGACUUGCCUGGACAGACAGAGAGUUCAGCGUGGACACCUGGCACCAGUCCCAAAUUAUCCGAUUUGGGGUCAGUAACUGAAUCCGAUAUUGACUGUGCUGACAACACAGAAACCCAAAGGAAGAGAAAAAGGAAAGGAAAAGCAAAAGUGGUUAGAAAAGGUAAAACCUUUACAUCUAACCUGUCCAAAACUGCAAGACAUCAAAGGCAGAGUAAAUGUGCUAGGUUAAAUGUGGAGGACAAUGACUGGGAGGAUCUGGACUAUGCAAAAGCUAACAGAGUUGUUCGGCGCUCAAAAAUAAAAACGAGGAAUCAGGGUAGGAGAACGGUGAGAUACCAUGACGGGGAGGACGACAGGAGCAUAGAGAACGCCCUAGAGCUCAGUGACCGCACCUUAUGACCUUGAGAGCCAGCACACGCCAACUGACUGACUGGAAUGUAUUGUGGAAUCUGGCUUACAAUUCAGGGAAUAUAUUUAUAUUUUUCUAUGAAAAGUUUGUGAAUGUGACUAAAUCAUGACUGUUAUUUUUAUUUGCACUUGCUGGUUUUUGAAGCAGCAUUCAGCACAGGUGCCAAAAUACGCUUCAUUUUGGGGGCAGAUCUACUUUGACAGUAUUGAGUACAUACAGCAAGAGUUGGAGACACGCUAAACACUAGACAACUUGGUUACCUAAACCAGUGAGCAUUACUUUGUAAUAGCAGUGUCACGAAGUUAUUUUCUGAUUUUGUCCAGAGGUGGUAGUUUCUAAACCCCUGCCAUAUAGUAGGAGAAAAAUCCACGUGACCUAUGUUUACAAAAUCUUGAUAAAUAUUAUGUGCAUACUGAUAUUACAAUCAUGGCAAGUAUAACCAUGAUUAGUAGGCAAGGCACCUACCACUUUUUUUUUUUUUUUUUUUUUUAAAAUCCUUUUCCCUGGAGACUUGAGUAGAAUACAUUAUACCCACAUCUGGUCAUUUUUAUUAACAUGGCUUCCACUUUUCUUUUCCAAAUGCUUGUUGGGUCUUACUCUUUUCUUUUUAAGGAAAAUCUGAUGACUUUAAUGUUUAUAAACUUGAAUUUAUAAAGUAUUGGUAAAUUAUUUUACGUUUGGAGUGCAUAUUUUAAAGAUCUAAGUCGAGAGCGUAGUUACAGUAUUUUCUUUUAGAUUGUUCACUGACAAAUUGUUACUUGGUUUUGUCCAAGGUUUACUUUCCGUUAGGAUUUACCAAAUUCUUGCUCUUCCAUAAUCUUACUCUGAAGUAGAGAAGUUUGUGUGCCUUAGAUUUAGGGAAAGUGUUCUUUAAUAAGAGAGCACUGGGCUAAUGGUAUUUCAGUUCUAUGUAGAUUUUCCUCUGUAAAGACUGUGGAGUUAAGAGUGCAAUUGUGAAUCUUACCUAUGUAGGAAAACAGUCCAAUGUUAUUUUCCAUCCUUGACUUUAUUGCUGCCAAGUGCAUUGUAAGCAUCCUUUGCAAUACAACUGAGUUAUCUUUGCUAGUGACCUCUAAUGCAAGAGAUUCAUGUUUGGGGCACAGUGGUUUUGAAAUCAUCUGAAGUGAAACAUCACGUCACCCUGGGUACCACAGCACACUUGUUUUUGAGCCGGUUCUUUUCUUUGGUGGGUUGAUUCUUUUUGGUCUCCUGUAGGUAGCUCUUCCCAGGGGGUUUCCCCUUGAGUUUCCAUGCCCAAAAGGGAUGUUGUAGUUUACACUUCAAGUGAUUUUUGACCUUAGUUGUGUUUGGUUUCAUACAUAAGCUACCCCUUUUUCUCGGUUUUUUUCUGAGGUGGCAGAUAAGGAAGAGUAUCUCAUGUUCUUAGUGUCCAAUUGACAUGGUAGGCAGCACUCCUUGGUUCUCAUGCAGGAGAUAGGAUGGAUGUGGACAUUUCCCGCGGUGGUUGGUAGGUACUGUUUCUCAGGGUAGAGAACUCUCCCACCACACAAUGGGAGGUAAGAUGCUUUAUAGUGUAGAUACAAGGUCACUGCUGUCAGACUAUUGACCCGAAAUACGUUUGAUUCCUGUUAUGUCCCCUAGGAUUUUAACUCCGUAUUUACCAUUAUCUCCAAAAAGGCACCAAAAGUCCAUAAAUAAAUAUGAAAUACAUUCAUUAGUACAUAAAUUCUUUUAGAGAGUUUGGGUUUUAUACACAGAACUGUUCUCAGUUUUAGACUCAAUUUUAACUGGUUUUUGAUUGGCUAGUCACAGUCCUUUCUAAAACCCCCCCCCCCCUUUGGUCCAAUUGUGUAAAGCAGUAUUUUGGCUUCAUCAGAUUAAGUUCCAUCAGAGAUCAGAAGUGGAUCUGGUGACCUUGGGUAUGGUUGACAGUGGCUCUCAACUUGUGGAGGCAAGAUGAAGGCUUUUGACGAAGUUUUUUUGUGGUCUUUUGCUUUUCUUUUUUUCUUUUUUCUCCCCCCCUCCUUUUUGGUUAUGGUGCUAUUUCUAACAUUAACUUUGAAUAUGUGACACACUCCUAAGUACCAUUAAGGAUGAUUAAUAAAUAAUAGUUAAAAUGUUUACAUUGAGCACUCGGUGUUUGAAAUGCGCAGGGAUUUAAUGCACAGAUGUACUUUAAUGUUUAGGAUCAGUCUGUCCUUUUGCGAAGGUUAUACGGUGAAUGUGAGCUGGUCCAGAGAUAAGUGCUCCGGCUUCUGUUGCACUUGAAGUAUCCAGUGGUGAAUAUGUAAAGCAGCCUUUCCCCCACUCCAGUUUUGUGUGUCCAGAGUCCUGUGAUUUUAUUCAUUUAUGAUUUUUUAAAGGAGUUUGAAGUAUUUAGGUUUGAUUUUUCCUUCUUUUGAAAUAUUAAUAUUACCAAGAAUAUUAAGAAAGAUUUAAAAACAUUUCCCCCUAUAUCUUAUUUUAAAAAGGUGUACUGACAAUGUGUAGUAAUUUAUGAAUAAAAAGAAAAUGUAUCCCAUUUUCAGGUAA